UUUUUUUUUUUUUUUUUUAAUACCGCACGGGUUUAAUCUAAGCAGGUGUUCUGAUUACACUCUGACUACAAGCCUACAUGUAUCUUUCUACAAAACUAGUCCUGUACAGGUGCUCUGGCGGCGCGGCCCCGCCCUCUUCGCCCCGCCCCUCUCAGCCAGGCUCAGGUGCACAAGCCGGAAGUGCGCUCUUUGCCCAGGUCCUGGGUCGCAGGUGCCCUCCUCGACCCAAGAUGCGGUAGGAAUUGGCGCCUUGGGGAAGUCCUGUCCUUGGCGUCACCAACUCGUCGCCUAAACUCAUGGCGACCCCAGGCCUGGGGGUGCUCUUGGCGUUUGGUUUGCCGAUGCUGCCCUCCGGCUGGAGCCUAACAGCACCGGACCCUUUCACAAAUAGCACAACUCAACCCCCAGGUGAUGAGUCCAACGGGGGCCUGUCUUCAGGGGCUAUUGUAGCCAUCACUGUGGUCUUUUCCAUUCUGGGAGUCCUCCUUAUAGCAGUGGGACUGUUUCUGCUCAUGCGAAAACUUCGGGAAAAGCGGCAGACAGAGGGCACCUACCGGCCCAGCAGUGAGGAGCAGGUGGGUGCCCGUGCUCCACCACCCCCCAACCUCAAGCUGCCCCCGGAGGAGCGGCUCAUCUGAACACAGGGGUGUCGGCCAUAGGCCAUCAUCACUACCAACGCCUGGGACUGCCUUGGCACGCCCUACCACACAGCAGCCACCUCGGAGACGCGCCAGCCUCCAGUGACUCAGGAGGACUUGGGUUGGGGAACUCUGGGGCAUCUAGCUGGUGGGCUAUGCAGCAUUGCUACCUCUGCUUGGCUCUGCAUGAAACUGGGGGUGCUGGGGCCAGGGGAGGCCUUACUGCCUCACCAUUUACCUCAUAGGACCUUGCCUCUGCUGUGUCUCCUACUGUGACUGCAGGCCCAACAAACCUCCUGUCCUUUCUUUCAGUUUUCCCACGCAGCAGCUGAGGCCCGGGCCCCCCAGGACUCCAAGGAGCCAGUGCGGGGCUGCCUGCCCAUCUAGCUCCUCCCCUCCUUCCCUGUCAUCCAUCUUCCCUUCCUUGCUGUGUGACCCCGUGGGAAGGCAACACCCUCUUUGGGCAAUCAGACUCACCCAAUGCUUAAGAAUAGAAGGGAAGAAAGUUCUUCAAAGACCUUGACUUUGAAGGCAAGCAGGAUGGGACUGCUCACUUUUUAUAUAUUUAUAUGAAAUUGAUAGGGACAAUAAAGGUUUUUUGUUUUUGUGGUAUGAGAAAAAAGA